GAAUCCUGUCUGUUGAGGAUGGAUUCUCCUAAAUGAAAUAAGCAGGGCCUCAAUCCUUAUACUGGAUGGAGCAAGGGGAAGAGCUGCAAGUCCCAGAUCUCAGCAAAGGCGAGGAUGAUGAGAGCUGUCCAAGCCCCCAAAUAGGUGAGGGGCUGGCGAGCGUGGCCGGGGCAGAGGAUGCGGCACCGGGAAGGGGCGGCACCAGCACUGAUGUGGAGCCGGUGAAGGGAGCGUGGCACAAAGACCCUGCUGCGGGGGCAGAGGAAGCAGCGCCCAGAGGCUGUGCCAGGGUGGAGGAGGCAGUGCCGGGAGGUAGCGCUGAUGCAGAGCUGGCACGGCACAGAGACCUCACCGUCAGGUGGCCGUUUAAAUGCUGCGAGUGUGGGAAGAGCUUCCGGCAAAGUGCCAUGCUGACCAGGCACCAGCUGCGGCAUGCGAGCGAGAGGCCGUACGUCUGCACCACCUGCAGCAAAGGCUUUUGCGACGGCGCGGCACUGGCCGCGCACCAACGGGCGCACAUGGGCGAGCGUCCCUUCCCCUGUCUGGCGUGCGGCAAGGCCUUUGCCAGCAGCUCGGCGCUGCUGGUGCAUCAGCGCGUGCACACCGGCGAGCGUCCCUACCGCUGCGGGGAGUGCGGGCAGAGUUUCCGGCAGAGUGCCCACCUGACGCAGCACCAGCAGGGCGCCCACGCUGGCCCGCACCCCCAUGCCUGCACUUACUGCGGCAAGAGCUUCGGGCUGCGCUGCACAUUGGCGCGGCACUUGCGGACGCACCAUGUCGAACAGCCCCACGCCUGCCCCGACUGCCCCCGCCGCUUCCGCCACUGUGCCCACCUGCUCCGGCACCGGCUGGUACACACGGGCGAGCGCCCCUUCCCCUGCCCAGUCUGCGGCAGGGCCUUUGCCCUGAGCGCCACGUUGCUGCGGCACCAGCUGGUGCACACGGGCGAGCGCCCCCAUCGCUGUGAGGAGUGCGGGCGCAGCUACACGCAGAGCUCCUACCUGCGCCAGCACCAGCGCAGUGCCCAUGCUGGCCAGCGCCCCCACACCUGCCCUGACUGCGGCCAGGCCUUCGCCGACCGGGCCAACCUCCUGCGGCACCAGCGAGGCCACACGGACGCCCGGCCCCACACCUGUGCUGAGUGCGGGAAGCGCUUUGCCCAGCUGGCCAGCCUGGUAGAACACCGCCGGCGGCACACGGCACACUGGGCAACGAACACCCCCACUGUUGCUGUCCUCGGGCACCCUGUGUGCUGGCAACAGUUUUGGCGUCCCUGGGUGGGCAUCGAGGCUAAAACUGGCCUUGCCCGGACCCCUCCUGGAGGUCGACGGAUUGCGGCAACGACCGACGCCCAGCGCGCACCGGUGACUUCAUCGGGGGCCUCAGCGGAGACGCGGUGUGGUCGACCCCAGAGGGCACAACGGUGCAACGCGCUUGAGUAGUGGAGAAGCUGCUGCGGGCGACGGUGGGGAACCGGUCCCGUGGAUAAGGUAGGAACAGUCCAGUACUGUAAACCUUCUUUUGCCUGUUUUGACCUGGGGACGCCCAGUGUCUCCCUAGAGUAUGGGGCAGGGACAGAGUACCGGUAGGGCACGGUGUACGCCCUUAGAAUGCAUUCUGAUGAAUUGGAAAGUGUUUGGGUCGGAUCCGAUGGUUAAGAGCAAGCUGAAAAGAUUCUGUACAGUAGACUGGCCUCAGUACCAACUAGAGGACCAGGAAAGGUGGCCACCGGAGGGAUCAUUAAAUUAUAACACGAUCCUCCAAUUAAUUCUGUUUUGUCAACGAACGGGUAAAUGGGAUGAGCAUAUGUAUGCACAACUGUUUAUGUUGCUAAGAAAUAGGUCAGACCUGGUGCAAAAGUGUAAUCUGACUCCGGCAGGUCCGGUAGUAGCUGCUGCUAGUCCCCCGAACCCCUCCCCAGUUGUAAUGGCAGAGUCGGUGUCCCCUUCGGCUCCAGCACCCCCACCAUAUAAGAACGAGGUGCCUAGGGUGUCAGAGAUUGCCCCCUCAGAGGGAUUCUAUCCGCUAAUUACUGAAACUCAGAUAUCCCGUCCGGGAGCAGAACAUCGCCCGGCCACUACUAUGCAGGUUUACAUGCAUGUACCUUUUAACCCAGUGGAUUUGGCAGCCUUUAAGGCACAGGCAGGGGAAUUCUCCACGAACCCCAGUAAGUUUAUCUCAGUGUUUGAGGGAUGCCUGGCUAGCCACAAGACAGACUGGGAUGACUGUAACGUCCUCCUAAGAACCCUGCUGUCAGAGGUAGAGCAAAAUCAGGUCCUGGCUAAGGCACAGGAAGAGGCACAGUGGAGACAUGACCGGGAUCCUCGGAAUGUCCCCAUUCCUGAUAACGUGCUCCCCCGAGCAGACCCUGGGUGGAACCCAAACAACCCCAGGGAUAUGACCCGCCUCAUCGUGUACAAGGAGUUGCUUUUGCAUGGACUCCGACACUCAGCUGUCAGACAUAACAAUUGGGCUAAGCCUUACGAGCUCAUACAGGAGCCCAAGGAAAGUCCGGUUGCUUUUCUGCAGCGCAUCCGGGAUGCAAUUCGCCAAAAUACUAAUGCAGACCCUGAUAACCAGGAAACUGAGGCAAUCAUAAAGGGUAUCUUCACCAGUCGGGCUGCCCCUGAUAUUAAGAAAAAGUUGCAGAAAAAGGAGGAUUUAAUGGGCAUGACUAUGGCACAGAUUUUGGAAGCUGCAAACAGGGUUUACAGCAACAGGGAAGGAGAAAAGGAAAGAAAGCAAGCAAAACUGAUGGUUGCAGCAGUACAGGCUGGUGGCAAGGGAAGAUUUCAGGAAGGUAGAAGGGGCUGGGGAAUGAGAGGCCGUGGACGUGGGCGCCCCGGCUCACAGGAAAGAUGUCUGGGUCGCAACCAGUGUGCCAGAUGCCGAAAGGAGGGACAUUGGAAAAAUGAGUGCCCUGAGAGGGAAGUUACCCCUAUGAUGGCAGCAGAGGAUCAAGACUAGGGGUGUCAGGGGAGACGGACUAUCCUGCCCCCGGAACCCCGAGUAAAGAUGCGGGUGGGAAAUUCAGAAAUAGACUUUUUAAUAGACUCUGGAGCAGCACGAACCGCUGUAAAUCAACCCCUUCAGCUGCCUGUGGCAGACUCCCUCACUGUGGUGGGCGCCACAGGGAAAGGAACCAAGUGUCCGGUAUAUGCUCCAGCAGAGUGUGCUUUGGGAGACAGAACUCUAUCUCACAAACUAGUUUAUCUCCCCGAUUGUCCAACGCCUCUGCUGGGACGGGACCUGCUUUGUUGCUUAGGUGCCACCCUGCAUUUUACCCAGGAUGAAAUAACCCUCACCUUGCCCCCAGAGAAUGCCUGGAUAAUAACCCUUGCAGUUGAGCCUUCAGCCAUGCAAGCCCCAGAGUGGAGCCAGUGGGAAGACCAGGUUUUCCCUCUAGUGUGGGCAUUGGGGGUCCCAGGAAAAGCAGCCCAUCACACCCCCAUUAAGGUUCAGCUCCUGCCGGGAAAAGGUCCAGUGCAGAUUAAGCAGUAUCUGAUCAAGAGAGAAGCCAGAGAGGGACUACAGGAAACUAUAGACCAGUUCCUAAAGUAUGGGGUACUGCGGGAAUGCCAGUCAGCUUGGAACAUCCCCAUCUUGCCUGUGCGAAAACCCAAUGGCACAUAUCGGCUGGUCCAGGACCUGAGGGCUGUGAAUGAGCGAGUCAAGACUCUGCACCCCCUUGUUCCAAACCCGUAUACACUGUUGGCUUCUGUAGGGGGGCAGUACACCCACUUUUCAGUCCUGGAUUUAAAAGAUGCUUUCUUCACGAUUCCAGUUGACAUUCAGUCUCAGGAGAUUUUCUCCUUCGAGUGGGAAGACAACAACAGGGUUAAAAAGCAGCUUUGCUGGACAGUGCUGGCCCAGGGAUUUAAAAACUCUCCUACCCUUUUUGGCCAGGCACUGGCCCGAGACUUAGAGGAAUGGGACAAUGAGGAUAAAGUUCUCCUCCUGCAGUAUGUAGAUGACCUGUUAAUUGCUGCUGUGGGUCUAACUCCCUGCCUUAAGGCUACUGUGAGCCUCCUAAACUUUGUCGGACUCCGGGGAUAUAGAGUAGCUCGGAGCAAGGCUCAAAUUGCCCUCACAGAAGUACAGUACUUAGGAUUUCACCUAAGGCAGGGGGAACAGCAGCUUUCGAACGAGAGAAAGGAAGCUAUCUGUCAAAUUCCUGUCCCAAGCAAUCGCAAACGGCUCAGGGCGUUUCUGGGCAUGGCAGGCUUCUGCAGAAUAUGGAUUCCAGAGUUCGGACUGUGGGCUAAACCCUUGUACGAAUGUGUUAAGGGAGCAGAUCACGACCCCUUUCACUGGUCAGCAGAAGCUGACAAGGCAUUUAAGGGUUUGAAAAGAAAACUGAUGGAAGCCCCAGCCCUGGGUCUGCCAGACCUCUCUAAGCCAUUUCAACAGUACUUGCAUGAGAGGAAAGGGGUGGCUCUGGGAGUGCUUACUCAGAUAUUAGGCACUUGGAAGCGUCCUGUGGCAUAUUUCUCUAAACAGCUGGAUCAAGUUGCCAAAGGGUGGCCGGCAUGUCUGCGGGCGGUUGCAGCCACUGCCCUAGUGCUUGGGGAAGCAGAGAAGCUGACUUUGGGGGGAAGGGUGCAAGUAUAUACUCCCCAUAUGGUCCAAGCCCUGCUGGACACUAGGGGUGGUCUCUGGCUUACACAGGCUCGAAUGGCUCGGUACCAGGCUAAACUUGUAGAAAAUCCUGAAGUUGCCCUGCAGACUUGCCCCUCCCUUAACCCAGCCACCCUGUUGCCAGAAACA